CUCUCUGAAAGGGUUCAGUUCAAGUAUCAGCAUAGCAGCCUGUAAGACUUGGGAUAAGGUAGAGUAUGGAAGGCUUAGAUUAACUGUCCUGACUGCGGCAGGACCACAUUGCCCCACACAUAAAUUAGCUGGGACAUAACUACCAUAGAUUGUCCCAUUUGAGGUUAGAUCAACCCCAGACAUGAACUAAGAUUCCUCAGAGCUCUUGGAUUAGUCACAGCGUUGAAGAGAAGAUUUCACGGAGCUACACCUGGCAGGGAGUCUGGAGUUUCUGGUUUGGAAGCUCAGGGAGGCGGGAGGCAGGGGAGGGGCCUCCAGUUAGUGGGAGGGCUGGUGACUGGAGCUGAGCCCCAGUCAGCUAUGUGGCCCAGGCCUGUGGAAGUCCGGACCGUCCAGGACAAAGGAUAGCAACAGUCUCCUGAAUUCACUCAAGGGAACACUCCACUUGGGUCACCUGAAUUGCUGCUCACUGCAUUUGUCAUUCUGAGGUCUCUGCUUAUCCUACACCCCAAAGAUGGAGGUACUGCUGGAAGUGAAAAUUGGCUGCCUGCUUGCCCUUCUGGUUCUCACCCUGGGCUGUGGCCUUACUCCCAUCUGCUUCAAAUGGUUCCAGAUGGAUGCAGCUACAGGUCGUCACUACAGAGUUCUCAGCCUCCUGGGCUGCGUCUCUGCCGGGGUCUUUCUGGGAGCAGGGUUGAUGCAUAUGACUGCUGAAGCCCUGGAGGGAAUUGAAUCAGAAAUUGAGAAAUUCAUGGUGCAGAAUAGCACAGGAGGUAAGGGGAAUUCUUCUCAUGAUGCCGCUUCCAGUUCCGUGGAGUAUCCCUAUGGAGAGCUCGUCAUCUCCCUGGGCUUUUUCUUCGUCUUCCUUUUGGAGUCGCUGGCGCUGCAGUACGGUCACGGGCAUGCUGGAAGACCCACCGUGCAGGAAGAGGAAUGGGGAGGGACCCACGCCUUUGGAUUCCACAAGCCCCCGCCUGUGCCUUCCCCCUCACUGGGUCCCCUGCGCGCCCUCAUCCUCCUGCUCUCCCUGUCCUUUCACUCCGUGUUUGAAGGUCUAGCUGUGGGACUGCAGACAUCAGUGGCCGCUACUAUACAGCUCUGGGUUGCUGUUCUGGCUCAUAAGGGGCUCGUGGUGUUCAGUGUAGGCCUCCGGCUGCUGAAGAUUGGCACCGGGACGUGGUGGGCCGUGUUCUGCAUACUGUCAUUAGCACUCAUGUCUCCUGUGGGCCUAGCCCUAGGGAUGACUGUGACUGGAGGGGCCUCAGGACCAGCGCAGGGAUUAGCCCAGGCUGUAUUAGAGGGAGUGGCAGCUGGCACAUUCCUGUAUGUCACCUUCCUAGAAAUUUUGCCCCGGGAGCUGGCCUGUCCUGAGGCCCCUCUGGCCAAGUAUGGCUGUGUGGCAGCUGGUUUUGCCUUCAUGGCUCUUAUUGCACUGUGGGCCUGAGAGAUUCUUCACUGCUCUGAUGGACCUAUCUAGGAUGGCUUCUCCUGAGGACACCCCUAAAUGACUUUGGUCCUCAGACAUUUUUUCAGUGAGACUAAGCAGUUACUAGGCACGGACUAUCCCAGAUUUUAUAUGUGUGAGACCCUGUUCUUGCUCAAGACUUAGAAAGGAUGUUUUGUCUGAGUGCCUGUUUAACUGGAACAUUGGUGUGAAGACCAUCACUCCGGAGUUGCUAUUAUGUGUAAUAAAAUGCCCAUUUUACCCUUUCCCUUCAA